CUGGCAUAUACUACAUUCUAUACCUGUAAACACCCGUCUGCAACACGAUACAUUCAGGCAUGGAUAAGACACACUUGGCAUACUAAAAAGAGUGAUCAGCUAUUAAGUGAGAUAAAAUACGAAGGCAAGAAGUGUAUUAUUCUGAAUGAUGCUGAUAUUCACGAGUUUAACGAAGCAAUUGCAACCAAUCUAUCAACAGAAAUCCUAGUCGUCCAUGGUUACAAAGCGAGAGAAAUUCCGCGGCAGUUAGAGCGACUGGGACAACUGGAAAUGUUUUUAAUGGGAGCAAGCCAGAUAUGUUUUGUUCCGACGGUCAUUUGCAAGCUCGUCAAUUUGUCGUUGUUGGACUUGUCUGGAAACCAAAUAGAAGAAGUCCCCGAUUGCUGGGAAACUCUGAAAAACUUGAAGAUUCUCGAUUUUUCCAAAAAUCUGUUAGAGAGACUACCAGAUUCUUUAUACGCGCUACCGCAACUACAAUCACUAGACAUAAGCGAGAACAAAUUUUCUCAUGUUUCACCAUCCGUUAGGCAGCUGAAAGGACUGCAAAUUCUUUCUUGUUCAUUUAAUAACAUUCAUUCUCUUCCAGACGAAAUAACAUGUCUUCAGAAUCUACUAGUGUUGCGUCUUAUGAACAAUAAACUUUGUUAUUUACCUCGUUCCUUUCCUAACCUGUCCAGCCUUUUGAUUUUGCAGUUGGAUUGCAACUGUUUUGACCACUUUCCACAUCAAAUUUUCCAAUUAUCUUCAUUGAUGGAGCUCAGUAUAACAAACAAUUCUAUUGUUGGGCCACUUCCAUUGGAAUUCGGAAAUCUUGUACAUCUUAGGACACUCAGCUUGGCCAAUAAUUUAUGCACCGAGUUACCGCGAACUCUCGGGAACCUCAGACAUCUUGAGUAUCUUGACUACAGUGGGAAUAAGUCAAAAGGCUUGACAUUCUCUUUAAGUGCACUGCAAAAGCUUGAAGAAAUUUCGCUGUCCGGUUGCGGACUGACAACACUACCCGAAGACUUCGGAUUGCUAAAACGAUUGAUCAUACUGAACUUGAGUUCCAAUAAAUUAAGUACUUUCCCCCAUAGUUUCACGGGCUUUCCUUGUCUUACGGCUCUGGUUUUAGCGAACAACCAUUUUUCCUCCAUUCCUGAUUGGGUGUGUCUUUUAGACAAUUUGGUGGUGCUUGAGCUACAAGCGAACAACUUAACCACUUUACCCACGGAUUUUUCCCGAUUGGCCGGUACUGUUAGGCAAAUCGAUCUGUCCCUCAACUCUUUCGAGACGUUUCCUAUUUGCCUUUGUCAACCUAAGAGCCGCCUAACAUAUCUUUGCCUGGAUUCUAAUCCCUUUAAAGAGAUACCGGAAGAAGUUUCCUAUUUGAAAGAUUUGACUCAUUUGUCACUUGCGAACUGCGGUAAUCUCACUUUUCUGCCCAGUGGUUUAGGUUCCUGCUCCAGCUUGCGAAUGCUUAGAUUAAGUCACUGUGCUCUGGAAUCUCUUCCGCCGUCUCUUGUUGGAUUGGUUUCGUUAAAAUACCUAGAUCUUUCACAUACAAAUUUUGCUACUUUUCCUAUAGUUGUUUGCUAUUUGUCUCGUUUAAAAGUUCUCUUGUAUGACCAGCAACAAGGUAGACCACUUGUGGUUAAAGACGAUCCUCGAGGAUGGUUUGCUCGGAGUCGAACACUGUAUCCAGAAGGGAAUCAGUUUACAGACGUUGGCGCUCAAACCUUAAAGUCUUCCGAGGUAUUGAGUUUGUAUCCCACAUUUGAAGAUGCAUUGAACAUUGAAAUGAAUGAAGAUUCUGGGCUUCCUCCACUUAUUGGAAGACUAUCACAACUGGCGCAUUUUUCUUUACAAGCAAAUGGUUUAUUUAUCCUACCGGACGUUUUUCAUACAAUGAAUUUACGUCGAUUGAAUCUCAGUCACAACCGCCUCUAUUUUUUACCCAACCGGUUUCAUAAAUCGAGAAGUUUAACUCAUUUAUAUUUGCACAACAACAGAAUUCGACAACUGACUGAUAAGUUUCAACAGCUGAGGGCGUUGCGCGUUUUGACGUUAGCUGACAAUCCUCUGGUAUGCCCACCAUCAGAAAUUUGCUCAGAAAGAAAGGUUUCUCCCGUUUUUCAUUAUCUUUGGAGACAAAAAUCUUACGAAGGUAAGCACUAG